GUCAGAGGAGAGAGGACGCACAAAGAGAGAAUACACCUUGGAACAGCUGUUCGGCUGUGGAGUUGUUGAUUGUUCUGCGAUUCUGAUUAAAGCACAGAGAAAGAAAUCACGGGGUUUGAGCUUCAUUUUCUCUCAAGCAAUGCUGUGUUUAGGAGAUUCCUCUGACUGCCUCCAGGACCACAUGCAGUACAUGAGGAGAUCCCUGCAGGACUUGAAGCAGAUAAGCAGGCCGAGACCACUUAGUGAACCGUGUGUUCAGUCUUUUGCCGUCACUCGGCUCUACAAACAGAAGGCACAACAAGAGCGACUCACUCGACUGCGUGUUUCAGAUGCCAGUGAAGCCAGCACAUAUGACUCUGCUUGCUGCCUGGCCAUCCCACUGGAAGAAGAAGAGCAACAGGAGCAUGAAAGGCUGACACAGGGCUCUCCUAGCAGUGAGAAGAGUGUGGACUUGGACUUGGGUUACUCUGAAGCUUCUUGGCAUGAUGAAGGCGUGGUGCUGAGAAGGACCAGAAACAUACGAGUCUCUUCUUCUGCCUGUCUUCGCACAAACAGAGGACCUUCUGGUCGUAUCCGACCCAAAUCAACCUCAGAUGCGUGCCUGGAGCGCUGGACUUCAUUUGAGGCCAGUGAGCCACAGGACUGGACAACAUUGCUGCUGAGCCGCAGCAGGAACAGAAAGCCCUUGGUUCUGGGUGACAACAGUUUUGCUGACCUAAUAAAAAACUGGAUGGACCUACCGGAGCUCCCUGAGCCAGCAGAACAAAAGCCCAAUGCAGGCCGACGUCUUGCCAAAGACAUUUUGGUUAAUAUGCGUCGGAGACUGGCAGGGGUGUCUAAAGGUGUGGAGAUGAGGCAAAGGCCAGGAGACUCCACCAAGGUCUGCAGAGCUGCAGAGGCUCCUAAACGAAUGUCCUGUCCUGUGGGACUCCAAGGACUCAAACCUUUUUUUCACCAGUCCCACACAGGUCUGCAUACACUGGACACUGAUUUCUACCAGUUCACUGCUCUAAUGAAGACAGGCAGCCGACAGCCCAUCAUAUGCAAUGACAUCAUUGGCUACAUUUGAGCAAGACUGUACCUACAGACAUCAGUUUGAGUAGAACUACUUUAUUUUCAAUGUUUAUAUUCCUGGAAUAAAAACUUUUUAUUAUUAUUAUUUUUAUUAUUCAAUGGAAGUGUCUCCUCUUACUGCUUAAGUAUGAGCAG